GCAACUGUUACAACUACACACGUAGCCCCUUCCAUUUCAAACACUCUACACAAUCUACAGCUUGCUUUCUUGCGCGAUAAACGGGACAGACACGUCGUCGUCAUCGCCGUAGCACCCACCUCCCUUGACUGCCUUUGGUCUUCUCAAAGGCAACCGUAUAUAACACGGCUUCCUCGGCCGUAAAGCUCGUCUCGGACCAAGAUUUCAGCCUCAGAAAGACCUUCCACAUCAUCAACGUCGUACCUCCCCCAUCCGCUCCUGAGGGUCUCUAAGAAGCUCGACGCUCUCUUUUUCGAUCCCUCUCCCAACCAAGGACCUGAAUACAGUCCCAACCGUCAGCUGCCGCAUAGGACGAGUUCUGCGGUUCUUCCUCUAACGGAGGAAGAGUCGAGGAGGCCUCGUCAGAUCGCUCAGGGAUCAGUCUCGUACCGACACCGACCCCCCUAAGACCCGUUCUCAAGAGCAUUAGUUGCUUCUUGCUGGCACAUCAACUACACAACAAAUCCAAAACCAACAACAACCAACAUACGCAAACUCCUCCUUACACCGGGAGUCUCCGAAACCUCGCGAACCUCACUACCAGCACUCGAUCUUAUCACCCCAGUCAAAUCUUGGGAUAUGGUUAUGCCGACUGUUGUCUCCGACCGCAUGGGCACUAUCGAUUUCAUCGAUUAUACAAACAAUCAUGUCUUUUCAAAGUGUCAAACCGACAGCUUGAACACCGUCAAUAAUGGCUCCUUGAAGCACGAUGAUUACCCCCACGGCCUUGCCAACGGCAAGUUGGUCGCCAAACAAAUGAUUGGUGAUGCCCUCCGCCAGCGUGUGGAGAGCAUUGACUCCGAGUUCUGCGAGCCCGGCGAUGAGGACACAUUCUUUGUCGCUGACCUCGGCGAGGUCUACCGCCAGCACCUCCGCUGGAAGCUGAACCUUCCUCGCGUCAAGCCGUUCUAUGCCGUCAAGUGCCAUCCCGACGACAGGCUCUUGCAGCUCCUGGCCGCUCUCGGCACCGGCUUCGACUGUGCCUCCAAGGCCGAGAUCGAGCAAGUCCUCCGCAUGGGCGUCGACCCCUCCCGCAUUAUCUAUGCACAGCCGUGCAAGACCAAUUCUUACUUGCGCUAUGUCGCCCAGCAGGGCGUGCGCCAGAUGACCUUCGAUAAUGCCGACGAGCUGCGCAAGAUUGCGCGCCUGUAUCCCGACGCCGAGCUUUUCCUCCGCAUCCUUACCGACGAUUCUUCGUCCCUUUGCCGUUUCAGCAUGAAGUUCGGCGCUUCCCUCGACUCAACUGAUGGUCUCUUAGGCCUUGCCCGCCAGCUGGGCCUCAACGUGGUUGGCGUCAGCUUCCACGUUGGCUCGGGCGCCUCCGAUCCUACUGCUUUCUUGAAGGCUGUUCAGGACGCUCAUGUCGUCUUCCAGCAGGCCGCUGCUUAUGGCUACAACCUGAAGACCCUCGACGUUGGUGGAGGUUUCUGCAGCGACGAUACUUUCGAACAGAUGGCUAACGUCUUGCGUGCUGCGCUCGAUGAGUACUUCCCGGCCCACACCGGUGUCAACCUUAUCGCUGAGCCCGGUCGCUACUAUGCUUCCUCGGCAUUCACCCUUGCCUGCAACAUCAUUGCUCGCCGCACUAUCCAGGACGGCUCUGCUGUCUCGGUCUCUGAUUCCUCUUCUAUGAGCGACGAUGGAUCGGUGAACAACGGCGAUGCUAGAUAUAUGGUCUACGUCAACGAUGGUCUGUACGGAAACUUCAGCAGCAUCAUGUUCGAUCACCAGCACCCUGUGGCCAAGAUCCUCCGUGCUGGCGGCCGUACCAUGUACAACUCUGUUGCUGCCCACGAGUCUUCUGCGGAGGACGCCAUUGAGUACAGCAUCUGGGGUCCCACUUGCGACGGCAUUGAUCGCAUCACCGAGAGCAUUCGCUUCCGCGAGAUUCUCGAUGUUGGCGACUGGCUGUACUUCGAGGACAUGGGUGCCUACACCAAGUGUUCGGCCACCACCUUCAACGGCUUCUCUAACGAGCAUGAUGUCAUCUACGUCUGCAGCGAGCCUGGUGCUAUGGCCCUCUUGGGAUUGUAAGGUGUGCCGCUUUGUAUCUAGGAGAGAUGAGACCAGUAUGGGGUUUCUUGGACAGGGGGAGAUGUGUGCUGUCAUUUCAUGAUGCGUAGGAGGAAGGUGAUACAAAACAACAAUGGGUUUCUUUCGUUGGCUCGUUUGGGUCCCCUCAUUAUAGAAUUUGCUUCGCAUUUUAGACUUUCAAAUAAAAAGGGGGUCUAGGAAACGAUGGAGCGCGGUGUUGGAUCAACCUCAGGGUCAUAAAACAAAACAUGGUUAGAAAUAUUGGAUGCAAAACAGCAGUUGAGUCUAGACACUAGACGAAUAAGAUUGCGUUGGCCCCCA